AUGGAAAUAACAUCUUUUGUACUUGACAGUGUGACAGGCCCUAAAAAGUAUUCAAAGUUUGAUAGUAGCCCUGAACCUGACGAGUUGCCGUCUCCAGAUCGUAGUGAAGCUGGCUUCUCAUAUAGUGAUAAUGAAGAGGAAGAGGAAGUUCAGCAUGUUCUCGACUUUGAUCCAAAAACAGCCAAGUAUGAAGAUCUUACGGAUGAACAAAGAGCAAGAUUAUCUCCCGAUUCGAGACAAAGGUUAGAGUCGGAUCAUCAGAGUCGUAUAGUAGCUGCACUUCCAGUUUUUUAUCCUGGCGUGAUGGGUUGUCGAAAUGUCCAAGAGUUUGAAUGUGUUAAUAGAGUGCAAGAGGGCACAUUUGGAGUUGUUUUCAGAGCCAAAGAUAAGAGAACAGAUGAAAUCGUUGCAUUGAAACGAUUGAAGAUGGAAAAGGAACGGGAAGGUUUCCCGAUUACUUCUCUGAGAGAAAUUAACAUGUUGUUGAAAGCUGGCAGUCAUGAUAACAUCGUCAAUAUUAAAGAAAUUCUUAUUGGAAGCAGCAUGGAUAAAAUUUUUGUGGCCAUGGAGUUUGUAGAACACGAUCUCAAAACUUUGAUGGACACCAUGUCCAAGAAAGGGAAACGGUUCUCAAUAGGUGAACAGAAGACAUUGAUGAGGCAAUUAUUAUCGGGAUUAGCGCAUAUGCACCACUUAUGGAUAUUACAUCGAGAUUUGAAAACCUCUAACUUACUUCUAUCACACAAAGGAGUAUUAAAGAUUGCUGAUUUUGGAUUGGCUCGGGAGUACGGUGAUCCUUUGAAUGCUUACACACCUAUUGUUGUCACUUUGUGGUAUAGAUCUCCUGAGUUACUGUUAGGGAAGAAGAUCUAUUCAACACCAGUUGAUAUGUGGUCUGUAGGUUGUAUAAUGGCUGAAUUCCAAUCUUUGAAAGCACUUUUUCCCGGUCGUGGUGAAAUGGACCAAAUCAAAUUGAUAUAUCAGCAAAUGGGUACUCCUUCUAAAGAAAUUUGGCCUGAGUAUGAAGAACUU